AUGGACCCAGCCACAGCUCGACGGGACGAUUUAGAGGCCGAAAUGGAAUGUCUGAAGGAUUGGAUGCUGGACUACAGGAAGCUCCAAGAUGGAAUCGUGGCUAGCUGCAAGGACGACGAUCUGUUGGACGAUAUUAUUAAAAACGGAAACGACGCGGACCAACAACAUAACUCGGUGAGAGCCAUGAUUACCCAAUUCCUGCGAGUGAUCCAAAACCGAGAAAAUCCAAUCGUUGCAACAUCGUCAGCUCCGAUUCUGGAACCUAACACGAUCACGAUAGGUCUUCCCGAAUUACAUCUUCCAAAAGGAAUGCUACCUACGUUCGAUGGGGACUACGGUGAGUGGACAUCAUUCUAUGAUCUGUUCACUAGUUCGGUCCAUAACAAUCCACGCCUGACCGAUGCGCAGCGUCUUCUGUACCUAAAAACAUACACGUCGGGCCCAGCGGCAGCGCUUCUUCGCCACGUUAAGGUGGAAGACAGGGCUUACCAGGGUGCACUGGAUGCAUUGAAGAAACGUUUUGACAGGAAGGAUCAAAUUGUGAGUCAUCAGAUUCAACGCUAUUUGGACAUACCAGCUAGCAACAUCGCAUCGGCUACGAACCUACGACGAGCUUUCAGUACUGCUGACGAUGUAGUCAGGGCCCUCAAGGCAUCGAAAUGUGAGGAUAGGGAUUGUUGGCUCAUCCAUCUACUAUUGGCCAAGUUGGAUCCCGAAACUCGUCAACUUUGGGCGUACAAAGCUUCGACGAACGAGGCCGAACCGUCAACUAUCGACGAUUUUUUGGAAUUUCUGGACCAACGAGCGUACACCAUGGAAGCUGCUAACCGAUCGUCAUCGCACACGAGCAACAAGCUACUACCCAAGACAACAUCACAACGUCAAAGCUCCAGUUUCUUUGCGACAAACGAAUCGUCGACAACAAACUGCAUCAUUUGUAGCGAACCGAAUCAUCCUGUGUACGCAUGCAGAAAGUUUCACGAUUUUCCACCCCUGGAGAGACAGCGUUUGGCGUAUCAACACGGCUUGUGUCUCAACUGUCUUCGAGAUGGCCACGGAAAAAACACGUGCCCUUCUAUCACGUGUAGAAAAUGUAAUCAGAGGCAUCACACUCUUCUACACGAAUCCUUUCAACGAUCACUCGAGCAACCGCAACAAGGACCAGUUCGCACUGUCAGCAACCUAUCGUACAACAAAGCAUAUACAUCGGUAUUUCUCGCCACCGCAGUCGUAGAUGUUAUCGAUGCACAAGGAAAACUUCAACCAGCCCGAGCGUUAUUGGACUCUGCUUCACAAGCGUGUUUCAUCACCGCUGACCUGAAGGCACGUUUGGGCUUGCAAUCUGAUCGAAUUGACUUACCACUUCAAGGCAUCUCCGGGUUAUCAACUCGGAUCACGGAAGCAGCAACUAUCAAUAUUCAAUCACGUACUAGCGACUAUCAUCAACAACUACAAUGUGCGGUACUCUACAAGAUCUCCGACCCGAUUCCGCACAAAUUCGUCGAUAUCACGGAUUGGCGGUUACACCCAAGCAAGCAACUAGCAGAUAGGGGGUUCAACAUCCCUGGCAACGUCGACCUACUUAUUGGUGCAGGCUUCUUUUAUAAACUGCUCGGUAACGAAAGAGUCUCACUGGGUGAAGCACGGCCCAUUCUUCAAAACACACAUUUAGGUUGGGUCGUGGCAGGCAUUUAUGACACUGAGCUAUCACCAGCUACUGCGGCAACAUCAUCAAGUGCACUUUGCUUCAAAUCAUCAUUCCUAUCUGAUGAAUCAUCGACCCUGAACAGAAUGGUGGCAAGAUUUUGGGAGCUGGAAGAUUUUGCGCCAACGAAACACCUAACAGAAGAGGAGAGACUGUGCGAAGAGCAUUACCAACAAAACACUGCCAGAGCUACUUCGGGAAGAUACAUCGUCAAGCUACCUUUUCGUAAGGACCCGGCAUUAAUAGGCGAAACGGCGUAUUCGGCUUUGCACCAAUUCAAUGCAGUGUCGCGAAAGCUGGCAAGAAAUCCGGAAUUAAGACAUAGAUACUUCGAAUACAUCAACGAGUUCAUCGAAAAUGGCUACAUAUCCAAAGCAGACCCGGCAGGCCCGUCGGAACGACUAAUCUACCUACCACACCACGGAGUGCUGAAGGAACAAAGUGCUACGACCAAAUUAAGAGUUGUUUUCAAUGCGUCACUCAAAUCAACGAACGGUACAUCACUAAACGAUCUCCUCAUGGUGGGCCCUGUAGUUCAAGAAAAUCUGUACACCAUCCUACUGAAUUUUCGCAUACCGUGCAUCGCCAUCACCGGGGAUAUUGAGAGAAUGUAUUUGCAGAUCCAUGUCAGUGAAGCAGAUAAGCAUCGUAUUAGAAUGUUGUGGCAAGAACCCGGAAAACCCAUCGCUGAGUACACACUGAACACCGUGACAUUCGGCAUGGCAUGUGCACCCUACUUGGCAACCCGGACCUUAAAGCAACUGGUACUCGACGAGGGACAUUUAUUUCCAUUGGCAAGGCAGGCAUUAGACGACUUUUACGUAGAUGAUUGCCUAACAGGUGCAUCAUCAGUUGAGGAAGCAAUCGAACGUCGUCGACAAAUAACGGAGCUGCUGAAGCGAGGAGGCUUUUCUAUCAGGAAGUGGGCAACAAACGAUCCUGCAGUACUGCAAGACAUCCCUCCGUCAGAGCGUGCAGUUAACCUCAUCCAAGAACUAGAUCCGGAAGCCAGUAUGAAGACUCUCGGCGUACGAUGGAACUUUGGAGACGAUACGUUCACGUUCAGCUCAUCAUGUGACGAAGCAAAAAACUUAUCAAGCAAACGGGACGUAUUAUCAAUGAUUGCUAGGAUAUUUGAUCCUCUAGGACUCAUCGGCCCAGUCAUCAUCCCAGCGAAAGCAUUCAUGCAAGAAUUGUGGCAGCUACAAAUCGAUUGGACCGAUCCCCUACCGGCAUCCAUGGUACUGCGUUGGUCAAAUUAUUUGGACAGCCUUCGUGACGUCGAAAACAUAAGAAUUCCUCGGCGUUGCAUCAGCAUUGGUCAUCCAACACGAAUACUCCUGCAUGGCUAUUGCGAUGCUUCGAAUAUUGCUUACGGAGCAGCACUGUAUCUGCGGACCAUCGACGAGGCAGGAAAUGUCAGUUCUCGUUUACUCUGCUCCAAAUCAAAGGUAGCUCCGAUCAAUACACCAACAAUUCCACGCCUCGAACUCUGUGCCGCCGUGUUGCUAGCCCGCCUGAUUGAAACCGUGAAGGCAGCGUUGCGAACAUCGAUUCAUCAAACCGUUGCUUGGAGUGACUCUACAACGACCUUAGCAUGGAUAGCGGGUCCUCCGGCGAAAUGGAAAACCUUCGUCUCCAAUCGCGUCGCUGAAAUUAUCUCCAUACUACCCGCUGUUAACUGGAGGCACAUUUCUGGAACAAAUAACCCCGCAGAUCUGUUAAGUCGUGGUUUGGCACCAAGUGCUCUGGCAACUUCAUCUUUAUGGUGGGAAGGACCGGAAUGGGACGAUAGCCCACUCGAACCUGAAGUCAAGCAACCAACAGCAGCAGAAGUAGCAGUCAUCGAGAAGGAACGAAGAAAACAAAUUUCCGUUCAAUCGUUCGUAGUUAUUACCAGCGAAGUAGUCGAUCAGCUUAUACAUCGGUACUCAUCAUUUUCCAAGCUCGUCCGCAUUACUGCAUGGAUAAUUAGGUUCAUCACAAAUUGUCAGCGAUCAAACGAAGCGAAGUGUGGACCCCUUACGGUGACUGAACAGGAAGCUGCAAAGGUAAUCCUGAUACGGUAUACCCAACAAAUGGAAUACCCAGCAGAGAUUCAAGCAUUGGAACAACAGCGGCCUCUACCAAAGAAUAGCAAGUUACUACCUCUAUCACCAUUUUUGGACGACGGUCUUCUCAGGGUGGGCGGCCGGUUGGCACGAUCAACUUUACCCUACCAAAUCAAGCACCCGCUGGUGCUUCCGCCGACUAGUCAAUUGACAAGGCUUAUUUUUCAAUAUGAACAUCUCCGUAACCAUCAUUUGGGAGCACAAUCUCUCUUGGCAACUAUUCGACGCACUUACUGGGUUCCCCACGGGCGCAGCCUCGCGCGUAAUACUGUUUGGAAGUGCAUACCAUGCUUUAGGUUCAACCCAAACCGAGGCCUAAUGCACCAAAUAAUGGGCCAACUUCCACCACAACGAACUGAACCCGCUGCUCCGUUCUAUAUAAGCGGCGUCGAUUACGGAGGUCCAAUCACCUUGGUACAACGUCGGGGACCGGGAUCACCAACGACGAAGGGAUAUAUUGCCAUGUUCGUCUGCUUCGUCACUCGUGCAGUCCACAUCGAGGCUGUUAGCAAGCUCUCUACUAAGGCGUUUUUAGCGGCGCUGAAAAGAUUCGUCGCUCGACGAGGUCAUUGUGGUCAUCUAUAUAGCGACAAUGGAAGCAACUUUGUGGGUGCAGCGAAGGAAAUGCAACAAUGGUAUCGUACUAUCCAGGCAGCUGACCACAACAACACCGUAGCUGAUAUGCUGAGCAAGGGAGGAACACAGUGGCAUUUCAUUCCACCUGGAUCUCCCCAUCUGGGUGGUCUAUGGGAGGCAGCUAUCAAAUCCGCUAAACAUCACCUCAACACUAUUACCAGAAAUGUUCGCCUUACUUUCGAAGAAUUUGGCACGCUGUUAACGGAAAUCGAAGGAAUUCUAAACUCCCGAGCAAUAUCGCCAGCUUCAAGUGACCCCAAUGACGUCCAACCUAACAGCACCGAAUCAGCAAGACGUCACUGCAAAUGCAGACGAUAG